AUCCCAAGCAUAAAAUGAUUUAAACUCGAAUUUGGUUUUCGGUUUCGAACAAGAAACCAACAUUUGAGCCAUUCGCACUGAUUGCAGGCUGCAAACGACUUCCCUCUUUAAUGUAUUGGAGGCUAGGGUUUUGUAAAACCCCAUCAGCUUGUCCAUGGCAUCCGUAGCUCUACACCUCAAACGCAAAGGCAGAACAACGCCUGGUCUAAACCCUGGUUUUGUCCACCCGAAGCAACCCAGCUUUGUUCAUGUCUUCUCGUCCUCAAGCUCGGACUCUAAUGACGACGACAUUCCCACCUCUCAAUCUUCUUUUCCUUUCUCGUCCUACUUUAGCGACGUUAAAGCAACUCUCAAGAAACAGCCGCAGCAACAUCAAAACCCUUCACAAGCACCACCUCGCAAACCCCUUUCCUUUUCUCCCCCCAAAACCCCAUUGAGGUCUGUUGCUCUUGAAGAAAUUCGCAAUAAUUUGUCUCAUUUCCGCCACCGAUCCGUUCCUCCGGCGCCCGAUAACACAGUGGCAGCCUCACAAGCGUCUUCAUCGUCCCCGCAGAUAUCGUUUCAAGAAAUGUAUAAGAGGAAUGUGGCUGGGAAGUCUGAUGUGACAGGUCCGGCCGAUAAGGGCGGGAGGCUAUCAUUUGAAGCGGUUAUGGAGAGCGUGCGUCAGCUCCGGUCGACGUCAGUAGCAGUUGGGGCUGAUAAGAGUAAGGGCACUGAUCCGAUGUCAUUAUCAGCGUUUAAGGAUAGUCUGAAGUUGCGGCCGGUGUAUCAGCAGUCCAGGGUGAUUGGAGGGGGACCAGACAAGUUGCCUGCAUCUGUUUUUGGGAAGGAAUUGAAAGAGAAGGAGGCUGGGGCAGAUGGGACCUCGAGGAGGACAGAGUUUGUGAGACCGUAUAGCCUUGAGGAGUUGGGAAUGAAGUUGAGGAAACUAAGGCCUGAGGCGAAGGGAGAGAAUUGGUUUUCAUUGGGGGAGUUGAAUGAUCGGGUUAUGAGGUUGAUGGAGAUUGAGGAUAAGGAGGCACAGUCAUCGUUUGGAGGUGUCCAUUAUAAGGAAUUGAGGGAAAGCUUGCUAAAGCUGCGGAUGUCUGAUAAUGAGAAUGUGAAGAAAUCAAACAUCCAGAGACUUGAUGUCUUGGGUCAGCUAGGUGGGACUCCAGACUUCAUGCUCGCACCUCCAAAGGAGCACUUGGUUGAAAAGUAUUUCCACCCAGACAACAUGUCUUCUGCAGAAAAGAUGAAACUUGAACUUCACAAGGUUAGAGAUGAAUUUAAAAUGUCUGAAUCGGAUUGUGGGUCUACACGUGUGCAAGUGGCACAACUUACAACGAAAAUAAAGUACUUAUCCUCCACCUUGCAUAAAAAGGACAAGCAUUCUCGUAAGGGUCUUCUAGCAAUGGUGCAAAGGAGGAAAAGAUUGUUGAAGUACCUCCGAAGAACAGACUGGGAUUCCUACUGCCUUGUUCUCUCUAAACUGGGUCUUCGGGAUACCCCAGUUUUGAAGGCUUAGACUUCUGGACAGCAUUGUAUUUAUCCCUGUUUUAAGCAAGAAAGCUUUUGACGUAAUGGCUUUCCAGAUGCAAAAUUUUGCAGUUCUGCUAGUGGAAAUGUAGGAAAUUAGAAUAUGUUUGCAUGUCAACUGCAGUGCAACCUUGUUCAUGCCACCGAACAAUCACCAAGUGCUUGAUGAAGGCAGGAGCUUUUCCUUCCUCGCCGGCAUUGAACCUUGAGGGCAGAUGCUGAAAGUGGAUGGUCUAAAAGAUGACUAACUGGUCUACAUAAUUGUAGGUAGCUACCAAAUUUGCUGAAGAAACUCUAGGCUUAAUGUCCAUUAAACCAUUUUGAUCAAAAAUAAAUUUUAUUUGGCUUUUAUUCACUUUUUUUCUCUGGCAAUACAAGGUGAAUUUUGAAUGAGGGACAAUGUUGCAGUGGGAAUUUUACACUGCAACUCCAUUCGUGCAAGAUAUUUACAUUAUGAAAUGCUGCCAAAUUUAUAUCAUCCUCAAUUUUCUGCA